AUGCUUUCAAUCGCCGUCGUCAUCUCUCCCACUAAAGACCCAUCCAUUCUCACCACCAUUGAAGAACCCGACGUCCUGAUUGACUUACGAACAAUGCCCGAAAUGAAAGUCCUCGUCUUGGGUCUACCCCGAACAGGCACCCAGUCCCUCGCUGACGCCCUCAUAAUCCUCGGCAUAAGCCCCGUAUACCACAUGCGCGAAGUCGCCAAAAACGCCCACCAAGAUCUCUGGAUCUCCGCCUUAAAUGAAAACCUCACCCCCUUCACCACCUCCACAGCAAACUCCCCACGGAACCCCUGGUCCAAAUUCCAAUGGGACACCCUCCUCUCCCCUUACUCAGCAGUUUCCGACUUCCCACCAGCUCUCUUCCCGGCCUCCCUGGCAACAGCGUACCCCUCGACGCCCAUCAUCCUCACCACCCGCUCCUUCGAGUCCUGGGAGACGUCGAUGCGUGACACAUUAAUUCAUGCCCACCUUAACCGGGAUCUCCACCCGAAAUCGCCCAUGGAGUCGCUGGCCAACGCCUACCACGCCUUCUGCUGGGACAACGACUUUGAAAAGAAUGGAAGAGCGUACUUUGAGAGGCAUCACGAGGAAGUGAGGGCUUUGAAGACUGGUGAGCGUGGUUUUCUCGAGUUUAGGCCUGGAGAUGGAUGGGAGCCUCUUUGUGCGAUUUUAGGGGUCAAAGUACCGGAUGUGCCGUUUCCGAGGAGUGACGAUUGGGUUGAGUAUAAGAAGAAAGUUGAGAGGGAUAGGAAGGAGGCUGGUGCUACUCAGACCAAAUAA